UUCACAUUUCUAUCAUUUUAUCAUCUUUUCCCCAAAACUACUUCCACUAUGAUGCAUAUAUAAAUAAACGCACACAGAGCUUCACACAAAGCUUUCGUUCCACGCUCUCUGGUCAAGCUCCCAAAAGCAGAGUCGUUUUACCAUAUAGAAAUUGCAUCCACCGAUCCUCACAAAAUCUUUCACUAAUAAGCUAGAGAGCUCUUUCUUUUUCUUCAUUCACUAGCGCAAAAAAUCAAACACCAUGUCUUCAAAGGACUGCGGCCACCACCACGGAAAGAAGUGGCGAAAGAUUUGGAAGCGAAUCUUCGCCGGAUUGCUGAUCUUCUUUCUCAUCGUUCUGGUAACGGUUCUCAUCAUCUGGGCCAUUCUGCAACCAUCCAAGCCCCGUUUCAUCCUCCAAGACGUUACCGUUUACACCUUCAACGCCUCCAUUCCCAACCUCCUGACCUCCAAUUUCCAAGUCACCAUAUCUUCCCGGAACCCGAACGACAAGAUCGGCGUCUACUACGACAGGCUCGACGUCUACACCACCUACCGGAACCAGCAGAUCACGUACCGUACAGCCAUACCGCCGACAUACCAGGGCCACAAGGAGGUCAACGUCUGGUCGCCUUUCGUCUACGGAACCAACGUCCCUGUCGCUCCCUACAACUCCCAGGCACUGCAACAGGACAAGUCCACCGGUACGGUCUUUAUCAAUAUCAAGAUCGAUGGUCGGGUUCGUUGGAAAGUCGGUACCUUCAUCUCCGGUCGUUACCAUUUCUACGUGAGGUGUCCUGCUUAUAUUAAUUUGGGGCCCACCGGCCCCGCUCCUUUGAACAAUGGAAUCGUCGUCGGCGCAAACGCCGUCAAGUACCAGCUGGUGCAGAGAUGCAGUGUCAGCGUAUAAAUUCAAUCCUGGUGAUGAUGAUUAUAACCUUGAUUAAGAUUAUCAACUAUAGAUGCCUUCUUCGUAUUGUCCUACUUAAAUGCGUUUUAGUUUUCUUAAUAUUAUCUUCUUCUUCUUCUUCUUCUUCUUCUUCUUCUUCUUCUUCUUUUUAAUUCGGGACCUCAGUUUGUGCUCAGAUCGAGUCCAUAUGCUGUAUUGGGUAUAUACGUAUGGGUCUUUGAAUUGUACAUUUUGCUAUACAAUAAAUUUGAGAAAAAUGAAAGAUACACAGAGGCAUAGCAAAAUUACAAUCCGUGAAAUUUAAAGUUGUGGAAUAAUUCAUAAAUUGUGAAAUAAUCAUAAUAUCAUUAUCGAUAAGCAAAAGUUGGGUUUC